AUGGAAUCCAACUCGUACGUUGGCACAUCCACAAUACGAACUUUGCAUGCUCCCCAAGAAGAAUUAGAGAAUCUCCCAGGACAAUCCCAGCACUCGUCACCACGGUCAAGCGCCUUGGCCACUUCCCCAAACAGCCCUUCUGAUUCAGUAUCCUCAUUACCUUCUGUCGGCUCUUCGUUCUUCUUUUCUUCCGCAGCUGCCAGUCCACCACGUUCACAGCCUCAGUCUAAUUGCUAUGCACGAGAUUCUAGUACACAGGGGCUCAUCAUACCGUCUCUGACCCUACCAGCUCCAUUGCGUUGUCCCACUCCUUUUGGAAAGACACUUGGAGACUUGAGGCUACUAGUCGUAGAGAGUGGUGCUGAUGACCGCGAGCUGGUAUUCAAUAUGCUCUUGGACGACAACGAGGAUGUCGUGGACAUCAGUGGAUGGGAGGAUUUCGAACACGGUUCGAUUCUAAGAGCAUCCACAGACUGGAUCGAGCAUCGAGAUGCUCACGGACUCGAGAAGUUCGAGCCUGCAAAGAAUGUCGAGAUAAUAUCUAUCGCACGACACGAGUUCGAUAACGAUUUAACGAAAUCAUCCAUAUUAACUAUUAUCCAAUCGCCAUUUCACUCAGUAUCUGAAUUAAUCGAUCCACGAUGCCAGCCAUCUGCUGCUCUGGCUAACUUAGUCGCAUCGCCGUGGUCACCAUUGCACACCGCACUCAUUAUCCUAUCCAACUCAGGCCCGUCUACUUCAGAGGACGGCCCCAUUGACUUACUUACUCCACACAUACCUGUCAUACUCAUGCGUCGUGGUCCAGAUCAUACGCAUUUUCCCUCGCGUCCUCACAUGUCUUCAUUCAGGCCACGUUCAGCAGCUGCUCUUCGGAAUGGCCUUUUUCGCUCACCAGAAACGCUUUCUUCACUGCGAUUUGAAGCAGCAGAGCGCUUCCUUCGCUGGCGUGAAGUCGAGUGCGCCGUAGAAGGAAUAAACGCCUCCCAUCGGGAAACCAUUUCUUUGUCCUCCAACGCACCUUUAUGGAACAAGGCGAAAUGGGAAGCAGAAUGGGAAUCUCGAUUGUCCCAGGAUGUUGCUGUCUCUUGCGAGCGCGAAGACCCCGUGAGGGUUCCAGAGCAACAGUGCUUUGAUCCACUGCACUUAUCAUCGUUAAUUUCGUUCUCUUUGUGCCUCCUUGGUCCUGCGACGAGACUGUUCAGCAGGAGCAUUUCUACGUUUGUCGACAAGUUGGCAGAUAGCCAGGUCAGGAUGGCAAUGGUGGGCAGUUUGUGUUUGGGAAUUGGGAUCGGGAUGAUGAUACGAUGA